GGCCCCCCCAAGCUCAUGUCUCGCUGUCAUUCACCCACGACCCCACGACUGCCACCACUUUCGCCUGCAAAUCGCUGACCUUUCGCCUUCGCCUUUGCGAGCUUCUCACAUCAUUGAUUGGCCCCUUCGUCUUUUCGGAAUACUCAACAAACAAGGUACAAGGUGCCGAGGGACUCGCUUGUUCCCGUCGCUGGGGCCACAGCCACUGAAAGGGUUUCCUCCGUGCUUUUCUGACGACACGCCUCCCUCCGGGUUCUCUAUUACGUCUGUCGAUCACGAUGAUUCAGCAAUGGGAGAUAGCACGGCUGAGGGCUUUUCACGCAGCCCAUUUCUCCAGUCAAUUGAUCCCAGACCUGAUUAGUUGUCCACAAGACCCUGUCGGCCAGACCGAGUCCAGCCACGAUGUCGACAUGGGCGAUGGUAACCACGACGACGGUGAUCUCGGUUAUUAUGAGGAUGGCGUCAAAAGGACGUUAACAGAUGAACAGAUCAAGAUGUUCCGCCAUUCCGAAAUCCAGCGACUGCUGAGUGAGAGAAAGAUAGCCAGGGCAAAGGAAGAGGCGAAAAUGAAGACGAAAGAAAGCAGCGGCAGCAGCAACAACAACAACAACGGCCGUGAACCGAGGAAACGGCGAUUCGAAGACGAGCCAUCAACGACCCAUCUGAACGUCGACACUUUGAUGUACGAUGAAAGCCCAGAUGCACAGGCAGCAUCAGCAUCAGUGGAAAAGAAAUUCUUGUGGCCAAUCCUUGGACAGGAUUCAAAGUGACACCUUCCAGUGUCAUGCUCUCUUCUUUCCUCAAUGCUCGUGGUAUACCCCUAGGAGGGCAACGAAGCUCCACAUAAUAGGUCAGAAUGACAAAUGUGGAACAGAACUGGAAUGCCUUCUUAUUCUUUGCAACGACAAACCCUCUUGGGCGACUGAGAAAUCGUGCCAUCAAGCUCGGGAGGUGCUUUGCGCUUGUGGUCUUUGCUGCUGUUGCCAGAGUCCCUGCAUUCCGUUUGUUCCUCCGGUUCAUGUGACUGCUCUGGCCCAAUCAACCCCGGGCCAUCGCUUGUUUGGGUUUCGAAGGACACGGUUAGCUGUGAAGUAGCAUCAAGGACCUGUCUGCCGAUCGGCGAUGGGACAAUGCC